CUUGCACCUUUGUAAAAUCGCCAUCUCCAUUUCUCUCUCUCUCUCUCUCACAUCACCCGUAUCACAGCCAGCAGAGACGCUCAGAAACAGAGCAGCUAGCUAGCAACUCUAGCAGAGAGUACACGCACAUCUUCUCUCCCAGUUCGUUAUCUAACGGUUUUUCCCUCCUCUACCACUUUUGCCCUUCCCCUCUCCUCAAAUUCUCACCCUAAUGCCAUCCCCACUCCGCCACCAGAUCUGAAACAACCCGAUCGAGAAUAUAUCGACACGGCCACCCUUGAUAUCUCUAGUUAAUUCCCAUACGUGACUAUUUAAAAAUGAUUUCCUGGAACGACCUCUACAAGGUCUUGACGGCGGUGGUGCCUCUCUACGUGGCCAUGAUCUUAGCCUACGGCUCCGUCCGGUGGUGGAAGAUCUUCUCCCCGGACCAAUGCUCCGGCAUCAACCGCUUCGUCGCAAUCUUCGCAGUUCCUCUUCUCUCCUUCCACUUCAUCUCCACCAACGACCCUUACACCAUGAACUUCCGCUUCAUCGCCGCCGACACUCUCCAGAAGAUCAUCAUGCUCUUCGCCCUGGCCCUCUGGACCAACUUCACCCGAAACGGAAGCCUCGAGUGGAUGAUCACGAUUUUCUCGCUCUCCACGCUUCCCAAUACUCUGGUCAUGGGAAUCCCCCUGCUGAUCGCCAUGUACGGCCACCGAAUCCCCGAGUCCGGCAGCCUGAUGGUCCAGGUCGUCGUGCUCCAGUGCAUCAUUUGGUACACUCUGUUACUCUUCCUCUUCGAGUACCGCGGCGCCAAGCUGCUGAUAAUGGAGCAGUUCCCGGAGACCGCCGCCUCCAUCGUCUCCUUCAAGGUCGACUCCGACGUCAUGUCCCUCGACGGCCGCGACUUCCUCGAAACCGACGCCGAGAUCGGCGAAGACGGAAAGCUCCACGUCAAGGUGAGGAAGUCCAACGCGUCCAGACGGUCGCUCUCGGCAAUGACUCCUCGGCCGUCCAACCUCACCGGAGCCGAGAUUUACAGCCUCAGCUCUUCCCGGAAUCCCACUCCCCGAGGCUCCAAUUUCAACCCCUCCGAUUUUUACUCCGUGAUGGGAGUCCAGGGCUUCAAUACCCGCCACUCCAAUUUCGGACCCGCCGACUUGUACUCGGUUCAGUCCUCCCGAGGUCCGACUCCCAGACCCUCCAAUUUCGAAGAGAAUUCUGCUCCAAUAUUGGCGCAGACGGUUACUUCUCCCCGGUUCGGGUUUUACCCGGCCCAGACUGUCCCCUCGUCGUACCCGGCUCCGAAUCCGGAAUUCUCCGCCCCCGUCACUAAAAAUAACCAACAGCAACCCCAACCGCCGCCGCAGCAGCAGCAGGUUAACUCCAACAGUGGCAAAGCGAAUCACGACGCGAAAGAGCUCCACAUGUUUGUUUGGAGCUCCAGCAAUUCCCCUGUUUCCGAAGGCGGAGGGCUCCACGUUUUCGGCGGACCUGACUUCGCCGCGUCGGAGCAAUCGGGGCGGUCCGAUCAGGGCGCCAAGGAGAUCAGGAUGUUGGUUGCUGACCACCCCCAGAAUGGAGAAACCAAAGUGGCGGUUGCGGAGAGUGACGGCGAUCACUACCACCACGGCGGAGAAGCCUUCACGUUCACCGGAAAGGCUGAUCAGGGAGAGGAGGAGAGAGAAAAGGAGGGGCCAACCGGACUUAACAAGCAGGGGUCAAGCUCCACUGCCGAGCUACACGGCGGGAAAGGUGGAGGAGGAGUGGGGGUUGAUCACGAGUCAAGCGGCGGAAAACAAAUGCCUCCGGCGAGCGUUAUGACGCGUCUGAUCUUGAUCAUGGUUUGGCGGAAGCUUAUCCGCAAUCCCAACACGUACUCUAGCCUCAUCGGUCUCAUCUGGUCGCUCAUCGCUUUCCGGUGGGACGUUGCUAUGCCAAAAAUAAUAGAGAAGUCGAUCUCCAUACUGUCCGAUGCUGGGCUAGGAAUGGCUAUGUUCAGUUUAGGUCUUUUUAUGGCACUUCAACCUAAGAUAAUAGCAUGUGGAAACUCGGUGGCCGGGUUUGCAAUGGCCGUGAGAUUCCUCACUGGCCCGGCUGUGAUGGCUGCAGCCUCCAUUGCUGUUGGGCUACGUGGCACCCUCCUCCACUUAGCUAUUGUCCAGGCUGCGCUUCCACAAGGAAUUGUUCCCUUUGUCUUUGCCAAGGAGUACAAUGUUCAUCCAUCCAUUCUUAGCACUGCGGUUAUAUUCGGGAUGUUGAUAGCAUUACCGAUUACGCUGGUUUACUAUAUCGUUCUCGGACUGUAAGAUGUUGUUGUCAAAGUUUCUGAAGCAGAGAAUAGCUAGACAGACAGAAAGGAAUGUGAAUUUGCAUGCAUGAAUGAAGGUCGGCCAGUUCGGUUGCGUCGCUCUCGUGGAGGUUAAAUGCAUGAGGAUUUUCCGGCAGAGAGAAGAUUUCCAAGUUUUUUGGGAGCUUAGAUUUUGACUUGGAGGAAAUGACAGCCUUGUUAUCAGGAUGAUGCUUCCCAUUACAGGCCAAAGUUUGUCUCUAAUUUUCCCCAGUUUGAUGAAAGGGGGGCAACGUAAGCCCGAGCGUGUUAGCUAAGCCUGAGAGAGGAAUACAAGUAAGAUCCACAUAUAUAAUUAGUGAUAAUAUUCUAAUUGUCUUCGUUUCGUCAGGCCUCUAGUUUAAAAAAAGAAGUGACGAAAUCAGUUCAUGAAUAUAUGGAAGAAAAAAGAAAAGAAGAACAGGAAAUAGAUGGUGCUGCAUGCAUUUGAAUCAUGAUUGUAUAUUUUGUUACUUAAAAGUUCCUAGUGUAUUAUUGUAGCUUUGUUGGUUCUUA